GAAGCCUGUCUCACUGAGCAACGAGUGGUAGACGAUGAACACAUGCCUGCCAUUAUGCGUCUACAGUGCUCUGAAGAAUUCCUCUUCACCCGAUGCCGAUGGCUUUUUGGAGAGAUUGGGCAUAAAAUCCGUUCUCCCAUUGAUUUCGUCCCCUCAACGGCUCCGGUGCUCGUUCUUGCCGCCUACUCCGCGCCAUAGGCGUCUAUGCCAUUUCACCCGGCGAUGGAUCAAGCGGUUUAGGCGGCGGUUUCGGCUCAAGUGUGAGCGCCGCCGCCUCCAUCUCUUUGCUUUUGAGUUGUUUUCGCGGCCCUCUUACGGUGGUUGGGUGCUUGUUCUUUACUAUAGUGGGGUUUCCGCGAGAGAAAUUUGGAUGCAGAUACGUCUCUGGUCCGUUUGGGUUCUGGUCUUUUGGUUGUUGCAAAGUUUGAAUCUCGGAAAUCAUUGCGAGUUGGAUUUUUUUUUUUUUUUACUUUUGGUUUCUUGUUGUUUGUGUUCUCGCCGUAACAACUGAACUAGAAUCCCGGAAUUGUUUUCCCCGAAAGUUUUGGGGUAAAGAAGGGGAGAAAGGGCGUUCUGCUUUGUUUUUUGGAAAACUAUCUCCUUGAAACUGAUCUUUUUGUCUUCCUUGUCGUGUAUUUCGCUUUUUCACUCUGUUUGAUGCUAGAUAUCAGAUUGACGUUGUUUGUCUGAUCGGUCAGUUAAUUUACUUCGUGAGUUUUGGUUUCGCGCAUCAAAGUUGUCGUUGCAAAUUCAAGUUUCCUUCGAUUCGUUGUAAACUUGUACACGAAGUGUAAGGCUCCAAGAUUCGAGCUGCAUGCAGGUAAUGGAGGAUUGGUUUGAUCAUGGUAGUUGAGAAGCAGUAAUAACAGUUUGAGACAGACAUGGAACAAGUUUCUGAUUGAUAUUGUGUUUGGAGACUGAACACAAUGCAAACACCAAUUUUCUUCGGGAAUCAUGGAGUUCGACAAGCAAAGGGUUCUCAGACAGCCCAUGCAAAUCUAGUGCCUUUGUCGAUUGGAUCUCAAACUCUCUACGGGGAGUCUUUCGGCCAGCUGAAGCCUCCAUCUUGGGACCAUGCCAAUGUGGUGGACCAGCCUCCAGCUGUGUCACGAGAAUUGAAUCAUGUUCUUGAUCCAAGGCAGUGGCUAGAAAACCCAGAUAACGGGUGGAAUGGAAUACCAAAGUUAACCAUAUUCCCAGGCCCCAAGUAUAUUGUGAAGGAACCGAAAACUCAGGAACAUAUGAUGCCCUUCUUUCUACAAUCUCUACCAGCAGACAACCCAGGUGGUUUGGAGCAUAGAUUUGGUGAACAGACUGUGAAUGGGUGUGUGCCUUUACCAAUGGAGAUACCUGAAGGGCUAAUUUAUGUGAAUGGAAAGCAAUUCCACGCAAUUCUCCGUCGCCGCAAAGCCCGUGCCAAGGCAGAGAAAGACAGUAAAACCAGCAAAGUUAGGAAGCCAUAUUUGCACGAGUCACGCCAUCUUCAUGCUAUGAGACGGGUGCGAGGCUGCGGCGGCCGCUUCGCCAACACCAAAAAGGAAGGCAAUGGACAGAGCGAAAACAAUGCAGUCCUUGCAAGCUCCAUCCUUCACGUGGAUCAUAGCAAUCAUCAUUACGUCGAACGUCUGCAUCCAUCUCCAUCUCCCUUCCAUUCCCACGUCAACAUGGUCGAUGGUGGACAAGGAACGACCAGCAGCAUCUGCAGCAGCUGGGGUGCAGCAGCUGAUGGCUGCUGCUAUCUCAAAGUCUGACGAGAUGGAUGCUGUGGAGGAGGGCGAUUGAGAACAUCACUUAUCGUUGAUUCCCCCUCUCCAGAACUCUGAACAGUCAGAUAGAAGCAUAACUUUGCCGUCAUCUGGUUGUUCUAGGCAAUUCAUUCUUGGCUCAUCUGCAUUGGGAAUUCUGAAAUCAUCAGACUGUUGUUCCUGGGAGAGGACAGCAGCCUUGGGAAGUCCUUUGUGCAUUUACUCCUAAACCAAUUUGGUGGAUGUAUUAAUUAUGGUCUCAUUUAGGUGGUGAUCGUACUAUUAAAUUGUGGUUUCUGUGCUUAUGUAAGUUUGAGUAUCGAAUUUGUUGAUUUUAAAUACAAAUUAAAUAUUUCUUGA